AUGGAUGCCAAGCUCGUCGACGACGAGGGGCGAGUCAUAACCGACUUUGACGUGCGCGGGGAGCUUUGUGUGCGCGGUCCGCUGAUCGUCAAGGGGUACUAUAACUACGCUCGUGCCAAUGCCGAGAGCUGGGAUCGGGACGGGUAUUUCCACACUGGUGACGUCCCUGCGAGGAAGCGGGAGAAUGGACUGUGGUAUAUCGUUGACCGUAAGAAGGAACUUAUCAAAGUCCGUGGCUUUCAGGUCGUGCCUGUUGAACUCGAAGGCGUUCUACUCUCUCAUCCCGACAUCAAUGACGCGGCUAUGAUAGGCGUGGCGGCAAGCGGUGCAAGAGCGGGAGAGGAGGGGAGUGAGAUGCCGCGGGCACACAUCGUGGCCAAGCAAGGAAGCCAGGUGGGAGAGAAGGACGUGCAGGGCUACAUGAAGGAGCGAUUGGCCGGGUACAAGCAGUUGGUCGGUGGCGUGCGAUUUGUUGACUCGAUACCGAAAAAUGCUUCAGGCAAAAAAUUUGAAGAGGAAUCUCAUAGAAGUUGCGAGGAGAGAAAUGAGCGCCCAAUUGUAAAUCAAAGGGAAAACUAA